GUCCUCGUCGUCGCAUUCACUAACCAUCUACUACUCUCUCGAUCGUCAUCUUUCGUUCUUUAUUACUCUCUCUCCCUCGUCGUGGUCAUCUCCUCCCCUCCCCUCGACUAUCCCCAACUCCCCCCUCUCCCUCCCCGUCGCCCUCCUCCCCGGCGACGACAUCUUUUUCUCGCAUUUCCCGCACAGUCCGCACGGCCACCCGCCUCGACUGCGCACAGCUCCUCUUCUUCCUCCUCUUCCCCGCAUCGGUCGUCUUAGCGUCAUUGGGCCGCCCCUCCCCCAAUUUUCCCGCCAUGCACGCCGCCGCCCUCGCGCUCGCCGCCCUUGCGGUCCCCGCGUCCGCCGCCAUUCUGCGCGACCGGGACAACGACGCCGCCUACCACCACAACCCCUACCGCCACCUUCUUAAGCGCGGCAUCACCGAUGAUAUAUCCCAGGUCAAUGGCAAGGCUUUCGACUUUGUCAUUGCCGGCGGCGGUGUCGCCGGUCUCGCCCUCGCCGCGCGUCUCACCGAGUGGAGGAACGUCACCGUCUGCGUGAUCGAGGCCGGCAGCGACGGCUCGGACGUGCGCGACAACAUUGACGUGCCAGGUCUCAGUUACGGCGAGUCUGUCAACACCAAGCCCGGUCGCAACUGGCAGUACGAGACGGUUGCCCAGGCCAACCUUGGCGGCAAGCAGGUCAAAUGGCCUCGAGGAAAGCUGCUCGGUGGCUCGGGCGCCGUCAACGGUAUGUUCUGGGGUCGUGCGUCCAGCCACGAGUACGACGCAUGGGCAGACCUCAACCCCGGCGGCAAUGUCACCUGGAACUGGGAGGAGAUGAACAAGUACAUCAUGAAGUCGGAAACUCUCGGCUGGCCCGAGCAGUCCAACAUUGACACCUUCCACAUUGCCAUCGACUCGACCGCCCACGGUACCAACGGCCCCAUCCACAUUGGCUGGUCCAGCUACAUCUACCCCUUCACCUCCAACUGGGUCCCAUCUUGGGAGGCUCUUGGCUUCACCAACAAGGACCUGGCUGCUGGCGAUGUCCGCGGCGUUUCUAUCACUCCUUCGACUCUCUUCCAGGCCAACCAGACCCGUUGCGACUCCAAGGCCGGUUACAUCGACUCGCAGCCCAACCGCGACAACCUUGUAAUCCUCACUGGCCAGCAGGUCACCGAGGUCCUCUUCAACGGCUCCACCGAUGCUUCUGGCAACAUUAUUGCCUCGGGUGUUUCAUUCUCCGCAUCGUCUGGCGGCGCAAUCUACUCGGUUCAGGCCAACAAGGAGGUUAUCCUCGCCGGUGGCACCAUCGGCUCGCCCCAGAUCCUCCAGCUCUCGGGCAUUGGCCCCUCGUCUGUCCUCACCCCGCUCGGCAUUGCUGUUCGCAAGGACCUCCCCGUUGGCCACAACCUCCAGGACCACGCCUCGAGCACCAUGUACUUCUCGACCACUCAGAUUGAGAAUUGGGCUCAGCUGUGGAGCAACGAGGAUGCCAUCGCCGCGGCUCUCGCCGAGUGGAAGAGCAACAAGUCUGGCGUUCUGACUUAUAUCAACGAGGCCGUCGGCUACGUGAGCAUGGCGGACAUUACGAGUGCUGCCGAGGCCUCUGCUGCCGCUGCCAAUAUCAACGUCGCCCAGACUGUCGCCGACGUGGGAGACGCCCACAACAUGCCCGCCAACGUACGCGCCGGUCUUACUGCCCAGUACAACAUCCAGAAGACCUGGCUCACCGACUCGACUGGCCAGCUCGAGAUCAUUCUGUCCAUGUGGGGCGCUGGCGCCAACAACAUCGGCAUUCAGGUCGCGCUCCAGCACCCCUUCUCGCGCGGUACAUGCCACAUUAGCUCGAACAGCGCGUUCUCCAAGCCCAACAUCGACCCCUCGUACUACGCCGUCGACAUUGACCGCCAGAUCAUUGGCGCUGGUGCGCGAUGGGUUCGUCGCCUCGUCAACGCUGGCCCCUUCGCAAGCACUAUCACGGGCGAGACUGGAAGCACCGCUGGUGCAAACGGCUCCGCCCUCACCACGGCCAUGCAGAACGGUGCUUCGACAGAGUACCACCCCCACGGCACUGCGUCGAUGCUUCCCGAGGAGAUGGGCGGUGUCGUUGACACCCGCCUGGUCGUUUACGGCACCAACAACCUUCGUGUUGUCGACUCGUCGGUUAUUCCCCUCCACAUCUCGGCCCACCUGAUGGCCAGCACCUACGGUAUCGCUGAGAAGGCCGCCGACAUUAUCAAGCAGGCCUACUGGAAGCCGCCUCCUCCGCCCGAGGCGAGUGUCACUGCCACUGCCACGGAGGACGACGUUGCCCAGAUCGGGGAGGCGACCGACUCGGCCGUCGCGAAUGCGCAGAAGGGCGCAACGACUGAGGGUCUCUCGGCCGGCGCCAAGAUUGGUCUCGGCGUUGGUGUCGGUGUCGGUGCCGGCGCGCUCCUUGGCCUCCUGGUCUUCUGCCUCUGUAUCCGCAAGAAGAAGCGCCCGGCCAAUGACGAGAAGGGCUGGUACGCCGGCGCCAACUCACAGGACAACAGCGCCUGGGACGCGCAGCAGGCGUACCGCGAGCAGGACUCGUACCCGAUGGGCGGCAUGACUGCGCCGCGCCCGAACCGCUUCUCGUCGGCGCACGCGUCGAUCAGCACCAUGGCUACGGCCGACCUGCAGGGCCUGCACCCGGGCCAGCGCCAGGAGUCGUCCAACUCGCUCGGCGAGUACUCGCGCGGCUCGGGCGCCGCGUCGCCGUACCGCGACGAGCCGUCGCCGCUGCCGCAGGGGGCGCAGUACCCUACCCCCGGGUUCCACUCGCCUGGAUCACCGGGAUCCGGUUACGGCGCGCAGCAGUACACGCCCGUGGUGCCCAAGUGAGCGCGCCAGCAUCACGACACACCCCGCCCGCCCGCACUCGCGCUCGGCGCACAGACGCUAGAGAACACUGAAUGAGAGAGGG